GAAGUGAGUCAGGUAUAGGACUUAUCACAGGUGAUGCAUCUGCAGGACAGAACGACCUCUUUAUUUAUCUGACAUCAUUAUGGUGAUUCCAAGUUGGGUGUAUCUGGUUAUUUUGGCUGUUCUGACAACAGGAUGCCGUGCUGGUAAUUCCCAAGCUAGCUUCUGGGAUUACUUUAGCCAAUUGACUACUGAGAAAGAGGAAUGGGAUCUGCAGCAAAAACAAGAGACUGGUGGGCUAAAAAGCAGCAUUCAACAUGGGGUUAGUUACAUGGGCAACUUUCUGGGACCCCUAAGGAGUGGUGUCCAACAGAGGCUGUACCAGGACACUGAUGGCCUGAGGAGGCUGAUACGCAGAGAGAUACAGGAGUUGCGCAGGAAGCUGGACCCAUUCAUGGAUGAAGCUCACAAAAAGAUUAACAGAAACCUAGAGCAGCUAAGGAGUCGCUUAAUGCCCUACACUGAAGAGAUGAUGGACAAGGUGGGGUGGGGAGCUCAGGAACUCCAUCUGCAACUUGGACCCUAUGAAAAUGAUAUGAAAAAGGAAGCUUUCCACAGCCUAGCAGAAAAUUUCCAGGAUCGUAUUUCUUUACAUACAGGUAAAGUUAAGCAAGUCUUCUUCCUAUUGUCUGAAAGGCUGUUAGGGGAAAUACACCAGGCAGCCGAGGAACUGCAUGGGAACCUGGUUCCACACGCUCACACAAGCAAAGAAAAGCUGAGCCAACAAGUGAAGGAGCUAUCAAGGAAACUAAGUGAGAAUGCCAGGGAUCUUCACCAUAAGAUCCAACUCAACCUUAAUGAGUUGAAAGUACAGCUUGGCUCUUAUCCCCAGGCACUGAAAGAAAGAUUCCCUGAGGGCCAGGACCUAGCACCUGUGGCCCCCUAUGUAGAGGAGAUGACAGCACAGGUACAGCGGGAGGUAGAAGCAUUCAACAGGAACACUCAGCUUCAGAUUGAGGACUUUACACGUUUUAUAAAUAGACAGACAGAAGACAUGGAACACAUACUGUCACCAGCUUCACAGGACUUUCAGGAUAGUGUCAGCUCCAUAGAGGAUGUGCAGAAAAGUCUAGACUCUCUGUGGCAAGACAUAUCUGGUAGUAUGCAUUAAAGAAGUCUUGUGGACACAUAAUAUAUAAGACUGUGAGGAUUUUGUCAUCACUGAAAUGUUGAAACCUUGGUGAUAUUGUGUUUGCAGAAAAAGUUUAGGGGAUCCCCAAAUACUGAUCCAAUAUGUGCAGAUAAUUGUAUGCACUGUUUGUCAGAGUAACCAUGAUUACCCACAUGGCAUGAAACACAAACAUAGUAUCAUAAAAAUCAUAUGCAUACUGUUACACACUGUCUUGAGGGUGAAUAAAAGGGACAGUAUACAAUAAAAUUGUUUUUUCCUUAA